CCUUGCCCUGCUUCCCAGCAGGCAGCCAGUACGGCAACCCCUCACAACCGGCAACCGGUUCACCAUGCUGCCAGCCAUCAGCAACUCCGGGUCGGUGCCGAUCGGAGCCAGCCUUCAUCUCACGCUGCACCGGCGUUUUUAGAGCCGGGGAAGUGAGGGACUGGGACGUUUUGGAAAGGGUGGUGGUGGAAGGAGGAAUUUCCAUGGAGCGUCUGCUGUUUUGGGAGCAAGCGCGUUAAAUCCCCGGCAGAAAGGGAUGGCCCAUCGGAAAUCAGCGAAGCACCAACUGAGGAGGUCUUUCAGCGAGCAUCUGAAAGACUCCACCGCCAAAGCUUGGGAUUUAUUGUGGAAAAAUGUCAGGGAGCGCCGGCUGGCAGAGAUUGAAGCCAAGGAAGCAUGUGACUGGUUGAGAGCUGCUGGGUUCCCUCAGUAUGCACAACUGUAUGAAGAUUCACAAUUUCCAAUUGACAUUGCAUCUGUAAAGAAAGAUCAUGAUUUCCUUGACAAAGAUUUCAUGGAGCCACUUUGUAGGCGACUAAACACUCUGAAUAAGUGCACCUCUAUGAAAAUAGAUGUCAACCUUCCCAAGAAGAAAAGUGAGGAUUCUGAUGAAGAUGACUUGUGCGCAAUUAGCGAUAAGUGGACUUUUCAAAGAAGCAGUAAGCGGUGGUCCCGACUGGAUGACAUUGAUGUGCUGUUUCCCAGACAAGACAGUCAGCUUUCUGCAAGUGGCACAAAGUUAAAAAAUACAACGAGCAGUGAAAGUGUCCUCACUGAUCUCAGUGAGCCCGAAGUCUCCUCCAUUCACAGUGAAAGCAGUGGAGGAAGUGAUAGCAGGAGUUCAGCUGGUAGAACUGUAGAAAGAAACUGUGCAACCACAGAAUACCCAGAGAGAUCUCUUCUAAACUGUGCUGAACCCGCAGUAAUGCCAGAUUCCACCUUACUGAAUAGCUCGUUGUCUCAGACUCCAAAAGACAUUACAAACUAUAGUUUUGGUCUAAAAACUGAAAGCGCAAAAGCAAAGGCUAAGAAUCUUCUAAAGCGUAUGGAAACCUUGAGACCAAGAGCUUCUCAUAAAUUCAAGGGAAUGAUGCGAUCUGCACCAUUGGUUAUUAGCUCACCUGUAUUGCAACAGGAGCCUGAGUCACUGAGGACCAUGCAAUGUAUCGAGAUAGUCAAUGGAAGCUUAAGCAAUUUAGCAAAAGAUACAACCAAAAGUGGAUUUUCAUCAUUGGCACCAUCCAGUAGUGAUAGCCACUCGGAAACCAGCAGCAGCGCUGUAAGUACACCAUGUUUAAAAUCACGGAAGAGACGUUUUACCAACAAACGUAGUGGCAUGUACCUUGAAGACAUCGAUUUCAUGUCAGGAACAACAACAAAGCAAGUGGCAGAUCAGAAUCGUAGAAAUGAAUUUCGUUCCCAAGAAAACCUUGUUGUUCACAUUCCAAAGGAUCACAAACCAGGCACUUUUCCAAAGGCACUCUCCAUUGAAAGCCUUUCUCCGACUGACAACUACAAUCCUGUAAACUGGCGAACUGGAAGCAUCUCUCUUGGAAAACAGAAAUGCAACAUUAACAAACCCAAGAAUUGCUAUCCAAAAGGAAGCAGGAUCAGCAUCUAUGACAACGUACCUGGAUCCCAUUUAUAUGCCAGCACUGGUGAUUUGAUGGACUUGGAAAAAGAAGAUAUUUUUCCUCACUUAGAUGAUAUCUUACAGCAUGUGAAUGGACUGCAACAGAUUGUAGACCACUGGUCAAGAAACGUGUUACCUGAAAUACAGGACGAUGAGCUCUCUGUCUGUGAACGCCAAUUCCACACGUCCAAUCAAAUAAUGCUUGACUUUGAAAGGCAUUCUAUGUCAGAUGGUCAGACUACACCCAGUGACCUUGAUCGAGAUGGUCAAUCCCUGAAUGAAUCUGAAGCUGUAGGACUAAGAGACCGCAGGGACUCUGGGGUAGGGGCAUCUUUAACCAGACCUAGCAGACGUCAAAGGUUACGGUGGCACAGUUUCCAGAUUUCACAUCGACUUAGCCUCACUUUAGCUUCACUACAGAUCAGCAAUCAGUCAGCAGCUCAGCUCAACUUGCUGCAGAAGUUUUCCCUCCUUCGACUCACAGCAAUAAUGGAGAAAUAUUCACCAUCAAACAAACAUGGGUGGACCUGGUCUGUGCCCAAAUUCAUGAAGAGAGUGAAAGUACCUGACUACAAAGACAAGAAUGUCUUUGGUGUGCCUUUGGUAGUUCAUGUACAGAGGACAGGGCAGCCUCUCCCUCAGAGCAUUCAGCAAGCCAUGCGUUACCUAAGGAACCACUGUCUAGAUCAGGUGGGUCUGUUUCGGAAAUCUGGGGCCAAAUCCCGAAUUCAAGCUCUUCGACAGAUGAACGAAGCUUCUCCAGACAAUGUUAGUUAUGAAGAUCAGUGUGCCUAUGAUGUAGCCGAUAUGCUGAAGCAGUUCUUUCGAGAUCUCCCAGAUCCUCUCCUGAGUAGCAAGCUAGGGGAAACUUUCCUGCAUAUCUAUCAGUAUGUUCCCAGGGAGCAGCGGCUACAGGCAGUGCAGGCAGCCAGCAUGCUGAUGUCGGAUGAAAACCGUGAAGUUCUGCAAACGCUUCUUUGUUUCCUUAGUGACGUGACUUCUGUAACAGAAAAUCAGAUGACUCCCAUGAACCUUGCCGUUUGUUUGGCACCCUCCCUCUUCCACCUGAAUUUAAUUAAGAAAGGCUCCUCCUCCCCAAGGGUAAUGCAUCGUAAAUACGCAACAGGAAAACCUGAUCAGAAAGAUUUGAAUGAGAACCUUGCAGCUACACAGGGACUGGCCCAGAUGAUCGUAGAAUGCAACAAAAUUUUUCAGAUCCCUCAAGAUAUGAUGAUGCAGUCCCGGAACUCUUACAUUGAGGCCGAUGCCCAUCCGCUGACACUGGAGGAACUCGGAAAGCAACUGGAAGAUGAAGGGGCAAAUUAUCAGACUUACCUGGAGAAUCUAAUCCAGAACCUUCAGAAAGAAUCCAGGGAGAAAUUUAAGAGCUGGGUUUCAUGUCCAUGCCCUGAUAACACUGAACUUGCUUACAAAAAGGUUGGUGAUGGUCACCCUCUCCGUCUAUGGAAGAUAUCCGUCGAAGUAGAGGCACCACCUUCUGUCGUUCUAAAUCGGGUACUACGAGAGCGCCACCUGUGGGAUGAUGACCUGCUCCAGUGGAAAGUUGUGGAGACCCUGGACAAGCAGACUGAAAUUUUUCAGUAUGUCUUGAACAACAUGGCUCCUCACCCCAGCAGGGACUUUGUCACACUGAGAACAUGGAGGACCGAUUUACCAAAGGGAACGUGUGCACUUGUGGCCAUUUCGAUAGAACACGACGAUGCGCCUUUGGUGGGUGGAGUCCGAGCCAUGGUUAUUGACAGUCAGUGGCUGAUUGAGCCAUGUGGCUCAGGAAAAUCACGAAUGACACACAUAAGCAGAGCAGAUCUGAGGGGUCGGACUCCAGAAUGGUACAAUAAAGCCUUUGGCUAUCUCUGUGCAGCAGAUGCUGGAAGGAUCAGAAACUCAUUUCAGCCUAUAAAUUCAGAAGGUCCAGAAACCAAAAUCUAAAAUGGAAGAUUGUAUAUUGGAAGGGAAGCCAUUUUAUGGGAAAGUUGAUUCCUCGAGGCAAAUAUAUAAAUAGCUCACAGUAAUGGUUAAUGGCUUCCUUGCUAGCAAAGACAUUUGUAAAUUUUUUUUUGUAUUGAGUGAUAAACUUGCCAAGGCUGUUCACGGUACUUUACUGUCCUGAUUGCCAUAGUUAUCCUCUAGAUUGCAAAUACACCAGUGCUGCUGAUCAGCAUCAUCCAUAGCUAGAUUUUAUAGUAUUGUAUUGCAGUCCCUUUCUUCAUGGCCUGAUUCAAACUUUCUGCAAUUCCUGUGCCAUUUGCUGGAUAGAUUUGUACAAAGCUGUUUGAAAAAUCACUGUUGAAUAUUUGUAUUUUUAAUUUAUCCAAGUAUACUCAGUGGAAACUAAGCCUGAAGUCUAGUUAAUUAUAGUGGGCCUCGUGUGAAACUUGAGGUUCAUAAAUCCUUACAGAAUAUUAUACUGUGCUUUGCACAGUUCUAGGAAUAAGUGCUUCUGAGAAGCAUCAACGUUUUUAUUUUAUAUAUGUAGAUAAUAAAAAUCUAUAUGAAGUAUAAAUAUAUAUAUUCUGUAUCUAUAUUUUAAGCGUUUAACAUUUAGCUGUGAUGCCUGGCUGUCUAGCUGGUAUUUCUAGCUCUUGGAUCCCAAAUCUUGCCAUAGAAUUUUAAGAUGAUUUUUGCUAUUGUGAGCCAGAUGUUUGCACAGCAAGGCCAAUUUCACAAUGACCUUUUUGAGGUCAGAUCUGCUUUGACACAGUUUUAGCUUGACUUUAUCUGUGAUGGAAAUAGUCAAGAAAAGCAACAGAGCUGAGAAUAAUGUGCAUGUAUAGAUAAAUAGAUUAUUUCAUGAAGUCUUUGGAACUUUCCUCCAGCAACCAUGCAAGUACAAGUAUGUAUUUAAAAAGUAAUUAUGCAUUUCAGUAAUUUAUUGUUCACUCUGGGUUAGCAAAAACAGGAUUUUUUUACUGAAAUUUUAUUCAAACUUUUUUUCUGCAGAGAAUGCAGUCUUCAUUGUACACCAGUUAUACCGGGCAUGACUUAGAGCACAUUAUCAUUUUUACAGUAUUAUUUUCAUAUACAACAUGGUGCAAUUACUGGUAAACAAUAGUGAAAAAAAUACUAUGCUAGUGCCACAUAUUUAGUCAAAAAUCAUGUAUUCUUACUGAGUGUAGUCACUUUAUAUGUGCAUGAGUCAAGUGGUUGCACUUGGGCCAUAUUUUCAACAUAGUAUUAUGCCUCUGAUUGGGAUUCCGUAUGACCAGGAGUUUUAUUUAAGGAUGUAACUAUUUAUACCUCAUUUUUACCUCAUUUGUUGGAUUUGUUUUGACUGUAAAUAAUGUUUAUCUAAUAUUUAGAGUAAGAAA